AUGGCGAAUAUUACUGGAGACGCUUUGUUCCGUGCAGUAACGUCCAACGACGAGAAGUUUGCAUCACAGCUAAUACUGGAACUCAAAGCUCACAUAAAGAGAGAUCUUGUUAAUUUGUCUCACGUACCAAAAUAUUUUGAGGCACUAGUGUUGGCAUAUCACAAACCAUCCCUGACUACAAAUUCAUUUUCGACUAUUUGCCAUUUGGUGAAACGUGUGAGUAUUCAAGAUUCAAAGGUGCUAAAACUUGUGGAUUUUCAGGUUGUGCCCUUUCUUAUAGAUCGCCUCAAUGAUGAGAAGCCAUCACUCAAAAACACAGCAAAGAAGGCCAUGUUGACUUACUGGCAAGCUGUGCCGAAUGAAUUUGAAACGAGUCUGAAAUCUUAUGGCCUGCAUCACUUUGAUUUAUCAGUGAGAUACGAAGUGCUAAAAACGCUCUGCGAAGUUGUGGACAACACCCCCGGAUUCAGUUUCAAGAAUUUUCUUCCGGAAACGGUAAUGUUGCUGGAUGAUAAAAGCCACGAGGUUUCCAACGCUGCAUUUGAAUUACUAGUCUUGGUGUUCAAGAUUGUUAACCCUAACAAUAGAACAGCAAAAAGCGACUUGAUUAGUCAACUAGUUAAAUCUAGAGUAUCUCGGUCUCAGUCAAUCAGAGUACUGAACCACAUAGAUGACUGCUUGGUGGCAGAGUACACCAAGCUACUGAAUCAAGCAUCUUUUGUCAGCGCGGGACCUAUAAAAGUUACCACAUCAAUCAUUUCAAACCAAAAAACUAAUACCUCCAGAUCUGACUCCGAAAGUAAAGCUCAUGAUCGACCAAAGUCAAAAAUAGCAGUGAGCAAUCAUUUACUUAGGACUCAUGCUUCCAGCAUGCAACUACGAACAGCAUCAAAUGAGAAUUCACAUAAUGAAGCUUUGAGAGAUGUAUUUGAUAAAAGCGAACAAAGUAUAUUCGAUCCAGAAACUGAGCCAACGAUUUCAGAAUUCCUGAAAGGAGUACCUCUCUAUUCUAUGCAAGACUCAUUAAAACCCAUUAAUUUUAGUGGAGAAGAGCAACUGUCAGAGAAACUCAACUCGUUGAAAGCACCUUUUCAAGGCAAAGAAACCGAAUUCAACUGGACUCUUAGAGAGCAGGCAAUUGUCCAGUUACGAUGUAUCAUAAGAGGCAAUGCAAUUACGGAAUAUCAAGAGCUGACCGCACAAUUCUUGAAAAUGGAGAAAGACUGUAUAUGCAAAGCUGUGUCUUCGCUGCGCACUACCCUUUCAAGCCAUGGAUGUCAGUUAUGCAAAGAACUGGGCAUCCGCUUUGGCUCGUAUCUAGACAACGGGCUAGUGGAUUCACUUGUUGUGUCAUUAAUCAAACUCACGUCAUCUCGCAAGACAAUUUCACAACAGAACGCGAAUGCAGGCGUCAUAGGUCUACUCAUAAACUCUAGCUACAACCAGAGACUAGUAAACCAGAUUACGAUCGCGGCCCAGGAUAAAAAUGCACAACCCAGAGCUUACGCAGGAACGUGGCUUCAUAUUUUACUAGUGAAGUUCAGACAUAACAAAUCUAUUCUCGACAACGCUGGAUUUCUGGAUCCUGUUGAAAGAAUCAUUGCUAAAGGCGUGGGGGAUCCUUCACCAGCGGUUCGAGAUUCAAUGAGAGCUGCUUUCUGGUGUUUGAAUACUAUUUUCCCUUCGAUAUGCACUCGUAUAGUGAAUCGACUAGACAGCAGCACUUUGAGAGCUUUGGAAAAAGCUAAACCAAAGCCAAACCAUCAAGUCUCAAAUCAGAGUUCCAUGCAAAAAGCGAACAAUCGGCCAUCAAUGAAAGAACUUAUCUUGUCAAGACAGAAAGAAGCACUUCACUCAAGCGCGAAGAAAAUAGGAAGUGAAGCAAAGACGGUAGCUCGUAAAAGAAGUUCAGAUAUUAUUGAUGACGGCUUUUCUGAAAAGAGAAAUAACUCUCUAAGUAGGGUUAUUUCAUCUGGAUCUGAUAACCGGGACCAUAUUCAAUACAAUGAGAAAGAAAAUGAAGAUUGUGAAAAGAAAGAGGACCAUACAGGUACAUUCACUCUCAAUAUACCAGUCGAUAAAAUUCGACGGCAUACAGAAAUAUAUGACCUUGACUCUGAAAACGAAAAGAGAGAGCGCCAAAUAUAUGACCUUCUUUCUUCCGACGAGAAAGGCGAUCAAAUUGAGGGAGUCAAGAAACUGAUGAAUGGGGCCGAAACCUAUUCAUUGAGAAAAUUCAGCUAUCUUGCUAACAGAUUAUCGGUCAUAAAUCCGUCCGCAUUUUUUGAUUAUUGUGACCAUCCCGACUCGUUCCACAAACUGUGCUCCAUUUUGGAACCCGAGAACUCACUUCGCAUGAUUUGCUGCUAUAGCGUGAAUCACACACUCUCAAGUGAAAACUUGACGGCCAUGGCAGAAGUAUUGCAAUCAAGUGGAUUGGUCAGCGCACUUAAUGCUGUUCUGGACCUUUGUAUUGAUGCCUCCAGCUGUGAUGAUAUCAACCUGUCGAUGCAAUUCGUGAAGAACAGAGUAAAAUUUCUGGACACUUGCUAUUCAGUGGUUGAUUACUUGUUGAGGCAAAGUCAGGGCAAGCUGUAUUCACAUGAAAUCAAAAUGCUUUUGAGAAGAUUAUUCAAAAGCUGGGAAGUUGUUCAGAUGGAACCGACAAAGCUAGUCUCAGUUUUAGAAACGGCUUUUGAAACCUAUAAAUCUGAUUUUAUCCAAUGCUUCAACGAACAUGAGGACAGAGUUUUGAAAAGAGAAUUGAGAAACAAAAUGGCUUUCGAAUUUCAGAAGAGCGUUGAGUCGCCAUCAUCUUCACUGCACGAGAAUUUCGACUUGGCAGAAAUGGAGGAGGCCAUUGCUGACGGACUCACUAUGGUUGUUGGAAAUAAGUUUGAGCGUUCUAACGAUGUGAAAUCCGACAUGACAAUGAUUAUGCCAAAUUUUAAGAAACAAAUGAACUCCAGAAAUCAGUCAGAACUAGAAAAUCCAUUUGUUGAGAUCAUUAACAAUCAAUCUGUUGAUUUGAGACCUAAUUACGACAUAUCUCAGGUAUUUCAGGACCAAAACGAACUGGUUCGAGAUUCGAAUGGUCCUGAAUCGUUAGAUGAUAAGAUGGAAACCGAUAGAUUGCAAACUAUGUCUGACAACACUCCGGAUCUAAAUCAAUUGACCAUAGCAGAUAACGUGAAGGACAGUUGUGCGGAGGGGAAACAGGGUGAUAUGAAGGCACCUAUUUUACCAUCUAAGGCUUCCGAUGAAAUAACUUCCGCCUUGGUGUCGGCAGAUCCCCUCUCACAAGUGACUGGCUUGGCCAAGGUUGAAAUAUACAACGACAGUAAUCACAUCUUGGGACUAAUGGACUCAUGGACUGAGUUUGAAAUCUACAAAAUCUCUAAGAUAUCCUAUGAUGUCUCAAAAUCGGAAUUACUUUUAGAGAAGCUUUUGAGAAAAUCUAUUACAGACAAAGAGCUUUUUGAGUUGGCAUCUUUGUUAAACCACGAGAAAGUCUAUGAACUCAAAGCUGUGCAGCAGGCAGCUCUGGAUUAUAUUUCUUCUAGUCCUUCUUCCGAUCACAUGUCUGCAUGCCUUUUGAUCCUACGAUUUUGCAUUUUGAACAACAACUGGUUUGAAAUAGGGGAGGUAUUCCAUAAAUUGAUUCGGUUAUACUCUGAGUGCGAUAGCUUGGUCGAUCCCGAUGAAUUAUUAUUUGCUAUUUCCGAAACUUUAGAUCUGAUUCCUUUUUUGGAACUGUAUGUGGAAGCGCUUGAAAACAGGAACUUGAUUAGUGUUGCAAUGCAAGUCCUCUUGCUAGACAAUCUUCGAAAACACAUCUCUCCUGUCGAAUUGAACCAAGAGCUUGUCUUUAGAUUGGACAUGAUUUUUUACAAGUUUCUACACUCACAACAUACAGCAAUUAGGAGAUCAGUUAUAAUGAUUUAUGCCGUUUUUCAGAAUUUGAAAGAUCAAGAGCUCCUGGAUCGGUCGACUGCAGAACUUGUCAAUGAUCUUCUUCUGAAGAAGCUCAAUGAGUCAAAGCUUAAGCUAGUCAAAGAGUAUACAAAUGAAGUUCGAUAG